AUGCCUCGAACUUACGUUAAGGAAGGACAAGGACCUCGUUAUUCAAAUGAGGAUUUUCAAAACGCUCUUGUUGAAAUUACCAGAAGUAACAAUAUUCGUGCUGCAGCCAGGAAAUACAAUAUUCCUUAUACAACAUUACAAAUUCAUUAUUUUGCACAAGGGAACCAUCGUGGUGCCGGACAACCAACUCAUUUCACGGAUUUGGAAGAAAUGUUUUUAGUCGGUGCAGUAACAGUUCUACAAGAAUGGGGUGAACCCAUAACUACCAAACAACGAAUUCAAAUGGCUACAUAUUACGCGCAAGAACUUGGAAAAGAUAAAAUAUUCAAAAUUGGAAAACCGACUGUUGAAAUCAUCACUCAUUGA